GCCAGAUGUGCACACAGCAACGCUGAUACUGGGGUUAUUGCUCUUUUUCUUGCCUCCUCUCUGCAAACAGAGGAGCUGCUCCCAGGAGCCGCUGGGGCGGCGGCGGGCACGGCCCGGCCUGACAAGCAGCAGGGCCAGCGCAAGGCGGCGGCACGGCCCGGGCACAGCCAUGGGGCAGAAGUGCAUGGAGAAGGUGUCCUCCUUCCUCUUCGAGUAUGACACCCCCAGGAUGGUGCUGGUGAGGAACAAGAAGGUGGGACUGACCUUCCGGCUGAUCCAGCUCAUCGUCUUGGCGUACAUCAUCGGGUGGGUUUUCCUCUAUGAGAAGGGCUACCAGUCUCAGGACAGCAUCGUCAGCUCGGUGUCAGUGAAGCUGAAAGGCCUGUCCCUGACCAAUGAGAGUGUCAUAGGGCCUCACAUUUGGGACGUGGUGGAUUAUGUCUUCCCACCCCAGGGGGACAACUCAUUUGUGGUGAUGACCAACUUCAUUGUCACCCCUGGACAGAAACAAGGAACUUGUCCUGAGCUGCCUGACGCCGGGCUCUGCGAGCGGGACAGCGACUGCAGCAAAGGGAAGUACAGCCGGCAGGGACAAGGGCUCAUGACAGGCAAGUGUGUGCAUUUCAACACCACUGUGAAGACCUGCGAGAUCUUUGGCUGGUGCCCUGUUGAAAUUGAUUACCAUGUUCCCAGCCCUGCCCUGUUGUCAGAAGUGGAGAACUUCACCUUGUUCAUCAAGAACAGUAUCACCUUCCCCAAGUUCAAGGUGUCCAGGCGCAACUUGGUCGAGAGCGUUACCAAACAGUACCUGAAGAAAUGCACCUACCACAAAGCCACCGACUCCUUGUGCCCUGUGUUUGAGCUGGGCUACAUAGUGAAGGAAUCGGGGCAGAAUUUCACCUUCCUGGCUGUUAAGGGUGGAGUGGUGGGCAUCACCAUAGACUGGAACUGUGACCUCGACUGGCCCAUCCGGUACUGCAAACCCAUUUACCAGUUCCAUGGCCUUUACAAUGAUGACAGUAACGUUUCACCAGGCUUCAACUUCAGGUAUGCCAAAUACUACAGAGAAAAUGGGACAGAAAUGAGGACGCUCUACAAGGUGUUUGGGAUCCGGUUUGACAUCUUGGUGAAUGGCAAGGCAGGCAAAUUUGACAUCAUCCCAACCAUGACCACAAUUGGCUCUGGAAUUGGUAUUUUUGGAGUGGCCUCUGUCCUCUGUGACCUGCUCCUGCUGCAUUUUCUCCAAGGACGGGACUAUUACAAGCAGAAGAAAUUCAAAUACGCAGAGCCUACAAAGUCUCAUAAGACGGAAAAGGAGCUGGACAACAAAUAGUGAGAGAAUCCACGCUGACUGACAAACCUGCACACUCUUCAUCCUCUCCUCCUAAAGAACACGGUUGUUAUCCCCUGUCACCAGCCUGCAGCAGCCCUGAGGAGCAGCCUCACUGCCUCAUGGGAACAUGGCAUCCUGCAGCCAGGGCAGGGUCUGGCUGGCCUGUUGCCCUGCCUCUAGUGGGACACACUGUGAUGCUGCAGGUGGGUUACUGAGGGACCCUCAGGGCUUUCCACCAGCCCUGUGCAGGGCACUGGCAUCUGCCACCUUUGCAGGCACUUCUGAAGGGCUCCUGCUGCCCCUUGCCAGGUGUGCCAGGGCAUGCCACACCUGAAGCCCCUGGGGAGAGAGAGCACGGCUGCUUCUCCUUCCCCAGCAGCACCCUCAG